AUAAACCUGAAAGAAAAGAGUGUAAAACAAACACAUCUCCUUAAACCCAUCUUUCCGGCCGCCGCCACAACAAAAACCUCGUAUCACCGUUGCCGGAAACCUCAAAGAAAAUGGCGGAAAAGAAACAUAACAGUAAAGGUGGGGGAAAGAAUAAUAAAGGAGGAAAAAAAUGGAAAAAAGGACCAAACUUGCCCAAUUUGUUAAAAAAAGAAAUAGAAUCCAGAAAUAAUAAUAACAAUAAAUACAGAAGUGAUGAAGAUGAUGAAAUAGUUUCAUCAGAUGAAGAAAAUAUAAAAGAUUUAUAUGAAUAUGAAGAAGAAAUCCCAGAUGAAGAAUUGCAAAAAAAUAGAAGAUAUGACCCUGUUGAUAAUUUUGAGUAUCAACUCCCUAAAGAUUUUCAGGAUGAAGAUGUAGCAUCUGAUGAUGAUGAAGAAGAAGGUUCGCAAACUGGAGAUAGUGAUGAUGAUGAUGGUGAUGAUGAGAAGCAUUCAAGAAUGCUACAAGGCAUCACUGGACUUCCUGGCGAAGCUUUUGCCGGCAAGAAAAAGAAAAACGAUACUGUAAUAUAUGAGGCGUACGCAGAGUCUGAAUUUAAUCCAAGUCGUGAUGUAUUAGAUGGUGAUGGUCGCAUUAGUGUUGAUGAUCUUUUGAAUCCUCUUCAUGGGAAACCUGGAUAUAGUAAAACUAGAAAAGACAUGGAACGGAUGAAAAAAAAGUCAGUGGCCAUAUCUGCUCCUCUUUCAAAAUCACAACAACAGAAAAUUGAUAGAAGAACCACUUAUAUUCAUACAAAGAAAAAACUUACUGAAUUUGAACUUUUAGUGAAGAAAAAUAGAGAAGCUCCUACUAUUUACUUUGAUGAAGAUAGAGGCGUAGCUCAUUCCACUAUAGGGACAAUAGUGUCUGAUUUUACACCCAGGACUGAACUUGAGAAGAAAAUGGAUUCGUUUAUAAAUGCUAAAGAACUUUCAGAUGCUCAUCAGGGAGAUGGUGCAAGACUUUUAGAACUUAACAAGAUAUCCGUAGAAGAUGUGAAAGAACGCCAGGAUCGUCUUGCUAAAAUGCGUAGUCUUUUAUUUCGUCAUGAACUUAAGUUGAAAAGGGUUAAACAUAUAAAGUCCAAAACUUAUCGUCGUUUGUUGAAGAAAGAUAAAUCAAAAUUGGCAAACACUGAGAUGGAAAUGGACCCCGAAGCUGCAAAAGAACUUGCCGAGAAGGAGGAGUUUAAGAGAGCGCAGGAACGUUUGACUUUAAAGCACAAGAACACUUCUAAAUGGGCUAAGCGCAUCAAGAAACGUGGUUUUGAUGUUCAAGAUGAUGGAACACGUGCUGCUAUAUCAGAACAGCUUCAGCGACAUGCUCUUUUAAUCCGAAAAAGAAAUUCCAUGCAUGAUGAUGAUGAUGACGAUAGUAGUGAUGACAGCUGGGAGGAUGCUGAUGAAGAAAUCUCAGGCAACGAGGACGAUGCAUCGAAACUAAAGUUGUUUGAGAAAGGAAAAAAGAGAACGCUUGAACUUUUGGGUGAAGACGAGGAUAUUCCGAAAUCAGGACUCCUGUCUUUACCAUUCAUGGUUCGUGGGCAGAAGAAACAGAAAGAGGCAGCUGAUGAAGAAGCUAGGCUUGCUCUAGAUGACUUCGAUUCAUCUAUAAAGCAAUUUGAAGGUCACGAUGAUUUUAAAGAUAACACAGGUUCUUUAGGAGGUAGAAAGGUAUUUGGUGGUCCGAAAAAACAGGUUUCAAAGCCUAAGAAGAAGGUUAGGAACACGGAUAAUUACUUUGACAAUACGGACAGUGAAGAUGAUGGUGACGCUAUCGAAGAUCAAACCAUCGAAGAUGUUAAUGAUAAACAUUGCAGGAUGAAUUAUACACAAAAAGAUGUGACUAUUGACACUAAUAUUCUUCGGGAAGAGUCAGAGAUUGGUAACGAUCCUUUGUUUAAGAGCUUUGAUGACAUUGCCAAAGAUUCAGGGCCUAAGAUCGAGUAUGAAGUUUCUUUGUGCCCGACCAACUUAAAAAAGAAGAGGGAUAAGAAAGAUUCUAAUCUGGAAAAAAGUGAGAAAAAAACAAAAACGGAAAAAUCACAAGUUGCAGAACUGACCUCCAGUAAAGAUGCAGAAGACAUAGUGCAUGGAGAUGAUGAUAGCGAUACAGAUAGUGAAACUCGUAUGAUUGAUGGAAUUAUAACAUCUGGGACAGAUUAUGAAUUGCCAUCACAAGAUGAUCUCAUUAGACGUGCGUUUGCGGGAGAUAAUGUGGAGAAAGAUUUUGAGAUGGCAAAACAAGAGGUUAUGAACGAAGAAAAUCCAGAACCCGAAAAGCCUGUUAUGCUUCCUGGGUGGGGGCAAUGGACUCGUAUACAGAAAAAGAGAGGACCGCCUUCUUGGAUGCUGGCAGAACAUAUAAGAGCCAAAAAGAAGAGGGACGAGGACCUUAAGAAAAGACCUGAUGCACAUCUCAAGCAUGUUAUUAUCUCAGAAAAAGUAGAUAAAAAGGCUGAAAAAUUGCAGACGAAGGUGUUACCAUAUCCAUUCAAGAAUAAGGAGCACCAUGAGCGGUCGCUUCGCAUGCCUCUUGGUCCCGAAUUCAACCCUGUAACAACGAUUGGGGAACUUAACCGCCCUGAGGUUAAAAAGACACCUGGCGUGAAAAUAGCGCCUAUUACGCUAAAGAAGCGAAAAUAAGUCUUGAUAAGAGCAGAAACUUGAGUCUGGUUGGUCAGACCUAUGGUGGUGUCCCUGAUCGAAGCAGUUUUCUUUUAUCGACUUGCAGCACAUUCAGUUUUCCACAGGGGCUAUUGUUGCAUCGCUGUGGUUCUGGGAUUUUUGACAUUCCCAUGAAAAAAAGGGAGAGUUUUAAUCUUUUUGCUGUUCAAAUGAAGGCAUUAUAUUUUUGUAGGAUGAGUUGUAUACUUAUAUUUUGGAAUUUGCGUUGUACUUUGCUAAAGAUUGAUAUUUAAAGUAAUUAAAAAUGGUUAAUGCUA